AAAAACACCAAAAACAAUCGUGACAUUACAAAUAGAAAAAAACAUUCGAGUUUAUUAGGAAAAUUUUGAACGUGAUAAUGUUUCACUUCAGCGGCUUUAACAUGAUGUUUCCAGAUGGGGGUGGACGAAACUUUCAAGCAACAUACAAAUGCUUCUCGGUAUCCAUGCUGCCAGGCAAUGAGCGCUCUGAUGUUGAAAAAGGAGGAAAAAUUAUUAUGCCGCCAUCGGCACUAGACUCUCUUACACGAUUAAACGUGGAAUAUCCAAUGCUUUUCAAGCUAGUAAAUAAGAAAAAGUCGCGCACCUCACACGCUGGCGUGCUGGAGUUUGUGGCAGACGAGGGCAAAUGCUAUUUACCAUACUGGAUGAUGGAUAAUCUGUUGCUGGAGGAGGGCGAUAUAUUAAUCAUUGAGAGCGUCUCACUACCAGUGGCCACAUUCUCAAAGUUUCAGCCACACAGCACAGAUUUUCUAGACAUUACCAAUCCCAAAGCGGUGCUUGAGAACGCACUUCGUAACUUUGCUUGUCUCACGAAGGGCGACGUCAUUGCUAUCAAGUAUAACAAAAAGGUCUACGAACUGUGCGUGCUGGAGACAAAACCAGGCAAUGCCGUCAGCAUUAUAGAGUGCGAUAUGAAUGUGGAGUUUGAGGCGCCAGUGGGCUACAAGGAGCACAGUGAUCAACAGCCUGCUGGACAGUCAGGUAGCCAAGCAGCUGGCGGGAGCGAUGCUAAUGCCGGCGGCGCUGUACUUGAAGAGGUCGUGGAGACCUUUAAGGGAUCGGGAGUGCGUCUCGAUGGCAAAAAGAAGAAAGACAGCCAAAUGGAGACGCCAGUGCUAAAGAAAGUACUCCCACGCGGCGUGCCCGAUCACGAUUUUCAGUUUGGAUUAUUGCGCUUUGAUCGCAGCAUCAAGCCUAUUAGCGAUCGCAAUCAAGUGAAUGCCGAUGCCAUCAGCGAAGCUGAUUCCGAAGCAGACAGCUUCCAUGGUACUGGGUUCUCAAUGAAAAAAACACGCAAGUAGUUAUUUAAAGUUUCACACGACUCAUGUAGUAAUAGAAUGAAAUUAACAACAUACAUAUAUUAAAUACAAGCAGUUU